AGAGAGGGAGAGAGAAAGAGCCCCACAGCGGGAGAACGAGCAGCUCGUCUCAUUCCGCCGCUUCCUCAGCAUCCAUCGCAGAGGAGCGAGCCGCAGAAAACACAAACUGGAGAGAAAGAAAGGGUCAAAUCCACUGAUGAGGGAGGAUACUAUGGAAAAGAAGACAUAAUACAGGCUCACUGGCAUCCACUGUCACAUGUCACAGCUUUGGUGGAGGUGCGUGAAAGUUUCCAUCCUUAAAAGAGAGGAGGGGGGACACCCUCCUCUUGAUGUGGGGAUGAAGAGCAGAUGCUGAAUUUCCCUCUGAAGGCAGGAGAAGAGCUGCUGAACAGAGGACCGGCUGGAUUCGCUGCACUGGAGCUGCUAGUUUCUCCUGUUUUCCUCCUGCUCAGUUUUUCCCUUCACCAUUCUUUCAGAAGAAUACAUGACAUUACUUCACCGAGUCAGGCUGGAAUAUCAGUGGAAAUCAUCUCCAACCAGGAAAGUAUAAAGGAGUGGAUUAUACACAGGUUGAGUGAAGGACAUGUUUUCCAGUAAAAGUAAGUUGUGAUCAGAAGAAGCUCUAAAUGUGGUUCUGAUUCUGAGACUCUGAGGAUUUUCACCUUUUCUGUGGAGCAGCACUGAGCUCUCCGACGGCUUAUCUUGGACUAUUGGAGUUUGGAUAAUAUUGGAAGAGUAACUCUGCACGUGGAGCUGUCGACUCUUUCUCCUGGAUAGAAGCAGAAAUGUUCUUCACCUUCAUACGUGAGAUGCCUGGGAGUAAGUGACCUGUGAAUAGAGUCACUCUGGGGAUUUUCUUCAUCCUGUAACAUUGUUGGAACAUCGGACGUUACAAAGACCAGGAGACUCUGGCAGAAACACACAGACUGAACGUCCAGAGAAACAUCUUACUGAGUCAUUUACAUAACUUUGACCGUGUUCAGACUCAAGUUCAUUCAAGAUAAAAGAGCAAACGUGGAAGCAGAAGAAGAGAGAGAAGAACAGAGCAUGGCUGAGAGGAUGAUUGCUUCUGAAAGUGAACCGUGACAGAAUGGUGGACUGUAUGAACAAAGUCAUGCUGCACGCCGUCGUCUCAUGCUGGCAGCCAUUCCUUGGACUGGUACUAGUGGCUGCCUUUGUGGGCUCUUCUUUAGGAUGUCCGUCUCGCUGCGAGUGCUCGGCCCAGACCAAGGCCGUCGUCUGUCACCGCAAGCGAAUGCCCACCAUCCCAGAUGGCAUCCCGACCGAGACCAGGAUCCUGGACCUGAGCAAAAACAAGCUGACAAUGAUCAACCCUGAUGACUUUAUUAACUUCCCUGGGCUGGAGGAACUGGACCUGAGUGGGAAUCUGAUCAGCUACGUCGAGCCUGGAGCGUUUAACGCCUUGUUUAACAUGCACUCACUCAGUCUAAAGAGCAACCGAAUCAAGCUCAUCCCUCUGGGGGUUUUCACAGCCCUGACAAAUCUGACCCAACUGGAUAUAAGUGACAACAAGAUUGUCAUUCUUUUGGAUUAUAUGUUCCAGGAUUUACAUAAUCUGAGGUCUUUGGAAGUGGGAGACAACGACCUGGUUUAUAUUUCUCACCGUGCGUUCAGUGGACUCCUGAGCCUGGAGGAAUUGACCUUAGAACGAUGCAACCUUACAGUUGUGCCCACCGAGGCGCUCUCUCACCUGCACAACCUGGUCAGCCUUCAUCUCCGUUACCUCAGCAUUAGCACUUUGCAUCCGUACUCCUUCAAAAAGUUGUUCCGGCUGCGGCAUUUAGAAAUCGAUAACUGGCCUUCACUGGACCACGUGCCAGUGAAUACCCUCCAUGGCCUGAACCUGACCACAUUGUUCAUAACCAACACCAACUUAUCCUCCUUCCCUUACCAAGCCCUGAAGCACCUGCCCUACCUGACCCACCUCAACCUGUCCUUCAACCGGAUCCGCCACAUCGAAGGAGGGAUGCUGAUGGAGCUGGUUCGGUUGCGAGAGUUGCAUCUAGUUGGAGCUCAGCUGACCACCAUCGAUCUGCACGCCUUUCAAGGCCUUCGGGGUCUCAAGGUGCUCAACGUCUCCCACAACCGCCUGGACACCCUGGAAAAGGGCGUGUUCCAGUCCCCCGAGGCUCUGGAGGUCCUUCUGAUCGACAACAACCCCUUGGUGUGUGACUGUCGUCUCAUGUGGAUCCUGCAGAAAAAGCACUCCAUUUUGUUUGGAGACUCGCAGCCAGAAUGCAGCACGCCCGAGGGGAUCCGUGGUCGGCCUUUCAAGGAGUUCAAGGAGGCGCUCCUGUCUUAUUACGUAACGUGCACCAAGCCAAAAAUUCGCGAGAAUAAAACCCAAACAAUUACUGUUGACGAGGGCCAGCAGGCAAUGCUGCGCUGCAGCGCUGAAGGGACGCCGAGGCCGAGCGUGUCGUGGCUGUCCCCACGCCGACGAGUACUGACCAGUCGGAACCACGGACGACUGACGGUGCACAACAAUGGCACAUUAGAGAUCAAGUCUGCAGAGAUACAAGACAGUGGCGUGUACCUCUGCCUGGCCUCCAACACUGCUGGGAAUGACACCCUGAUGGCUUCAUUAGCGGUGAAAAGUCUGGGUUCGCUGUACGCCAACAGGACCCAGCACUACACAGACCCUAACAACGGCACUGCCAAUGAAACGGCCAACAUUUCCCUUGGUCUGGACCUGAAGACUAUUUUAGUGUCCACCGCUAUGGGCUGCUUCACCUUCCUGGGAGUGGUCUUGUUUUGCUUCCUGCUCCUUUUCGUGUGGAGCAGAGGAAAAGGAAAACAUAAAAACAACAUCGAUGUUGAGUAUGUACCUCGGUCAAAGUCCAACGGUACCAAUGUUGAUUCAGCAGAGGGACAGGCUGGUCCGCGGCGUUUUAACAUGAAAAUGAUGUAAGUUAUGAAUACACACAUAAAAGAGUCAGAAGAGGACUGGAUGGUGGACACGGCUGGAGUAUAAAGUAUUUUUUUGAAAAUAGAAUGACAGGAUGAAAGUGGUUGUGAAACUUUUAGACUCUAUCAUAAAGGGACAUUCUGUAAAUCACUGGAUUGAUGCCGAGAUUCAGCAGCGAAAAGCACAUUACACGUCUUACAUAACUGCCAGCUGGCGGCUUCUCAGAAGAGGCAUGGAAACAGUUGUUGCCAUGGUGACCUAAAGGCAAAAGGUGUCAUGUAUUAACUUUUUGAAAUUUGUAUGUACAAAAAGAAGCCCUUAGUUUUGGGUUGACUACAGACUCGUCUACACAAUGUACAGUAUGAAUUUGUAUCUAAGAUAUUAACCUUCUUUGUUUAGUCCGGCCCAUGCUUCUUCACUGAACAGUGAAAGAGACCAUGAGUUCUUCUGUUCAGUAUGUUUACUGAAUGCUUCAUUAUGUACCUGUGUGGAUAUUCAUUCAACAGAAAUAUUCAUAGCAAUAUUCAUGGGAUACAUUAGCCAAAAUUGUAACCCCAAUGUUCUGCAAGAACCAGUUUCCAUUGAUUUAGGAAGGGCUUCUCCUCUGGCUGAGUUUCUGCCCCCGUCCCCCGAUUUCCACCUGGAUAAUAUGAAACAUAUAGAAUUUACUAAUAAUAAAUACUUAUGGAAAAUGUUGAUACUUUUGCUAAAGCCAACGCUCUAACACUGUUCAGGACCUAACACGAGCCUCUGGCCAUCCUGAAAACGGCCUAGUCCAGGUCACAAACCACCUCCUUGUCCUAUUUUUGUCUUUUUUUACUUUAACUGUAUCUUUGCUGGUUGGCUAACUACAUGUGUCAAUUUUACAAAAGUGACAUCUGCAUCAUUUUCCCCUGUAGAAAAUUUGGACUUUGUUGUGGUAGUUCUUCAUUUUGUUGUUGAAUCAUAUAGAUUGUAAAAAAUACAAAAAGUAAAAGUUGAAAAAAUGUAUGUGAAAUAAAUGAAUAUGUAUUUGUA